AUGGCUAUACUAUCUUAUAUUAUCAUUAUCAUCAGUAAUAUAUUCAUUGUGUCUAAUGCAAAUACAUGGCAACCAUUUUACAAUCUUUAUAGUACACAUGUGAUGACGAAUGAAUUUGAUCAUGAUUGUUUCUAUUCAACAAUAACUACGAAUGUCGAUUUAUAUGAAAAUAUUUAUAUAAUUGAGCAAAUUGUUGAAUAUUGUAUUCGAACACCUUCGAAAGAAAUAAUCGAUGUUAAUGAAAAAGCAAUAUCAUCUAAAUUAACGUUUGAUGAAUUAAAAAAGAAUAAUAUAACUUCUACAAAUCUAAUGGAAUGGUCGAGUCCUAUUGAUCUUAUCGAACGUUAUGAAUACUUUUUGCAAAUGAACACAUCUUCAUCAACUGAAGUAUUUUAUAAUUGUACUCUACCAUGGUUUGGAUCAUUUUGUCAAUAUAGGUUUGUUUUAAAUCAAUCAUUUCCAUCUUUUAUUCAAAUGAGAAUUAACGAGCCCAAGUUGUUUGAUAAAAAUAUGACAUUAACUUGCUAUAUGCAUAUAAAAUGUGAUAAUCAUUCAUUUCUAACCUGUCUUGAUUGGCGUGAAAUAUGUGAUGGGAAAGUCAAUUGUCUUGAUAGUGGUGAAGAUGAAAAAUAUUGUGUUGAACUAGAAAUGAAUCAAUGUGAGGAAAAUGAAUAUCAAUGUCAAAAUGGUAUGUGUGUAAACGAAGAAUUUCUUUUGGAUGAAGAUAUUUCACAGAUUAAUAUUAUUAGUCCAGAAUGUUUGGAUGGAUCGGAUGAAGUUCGAUAUAAAGGCGUGCUUUUAUGCGCGAGAGAUUCAUCUUUUAGAUGUGAAGAUGUUCUUUGUCCACAAUAUACUGAUUUUAGCUGUGGAAAUGGAGAUUGUCGUAGUUUGAACGGGCCUCGAGCACUUUCUGAAUGCACUAAUCGUCGAGAUCGAGCAAUUAACUAUCUGUUUUAUUGGGAUAAUCCUAUGGAUACACGAUACUCUCGUUGUUUCAAAACUCUUAUGUGUGUAACGCAUUUAUUGUCACGAGUCGACUUCGCUAAAUAUUGCAAAAAUUUGUGCAAUAAUACGCAAGAAUGUAAAAUACAAACUAUUAAAGAUUGUCCACCAGCGUUCAUUGCACCCACGUUUACAGUAUGGGAUGAUCAUGUGAGAUUUGGCUAUUUUUCUAAUGAAACAUCUAUCAGAAUGUUGGGAUUUCAACCUGACUUCGUAUGUUAUAGCAAAGAUCGUUGUCCAUUUCUCAUUUCAACAUUCACAUUAGAUAAUCAUACAUGUUUACAUACUAAUCGACCAAAUUUAACAUUAACUGAUACCGUCUAUGAAAUUUUUAGGACAUGUAAUCAAUACUCUCAAAAUGAUAAUGAAAGUAUUUGCCAAGAUCCAAUCACGGUACGUUGUUUAGGAACGAAUAGAUGUAUACCUAAGCGUCGAAUCAUGGAUGGAUUUGCAGAUUGUCCUGAUGCUUUUGAUGAGUCAAUUGCAGCUAACUCAUGUGCAUUGAAUGAUAAAUAUCGUUUUCAAUGUACAUCUGAAUCGAAAUGUCUCUCACCUAUACUUGUGAAUGAUCAAAAGGCGCAAUGUAUUGGCGGAGAAGAUGAGACUUUCAUUGAUCAUAGCGUCACUAAUAUUCAUCAAUUUCCUUUUUCUUCUUUUUGUAAUAAUUGGACUGAUAUAGUUUCUAAUACAAAUGAAACUGAUGAAACUCAUUGUGAACAAUGGCCAUGUGUAAAUCAAUAUACACUUUGUAAUAAAGUAUGGAAUUGCGAAAACGGAAUUGAUGAAAUUAAUUGUUCAUCAAGUUUUCAAUGCCCUGCAAAUCAUCAUCCUUGUUUGUCUCCAAACAGCCGCAAGAUGGAUUGUUUGCAUAUAAAUCGUAUUGGAGAUGGGAUUAUUGAUUGUCUUGGAUCAACAGAUGAACGAUCUUAUUGUAGAUCAGAACAUCCAGAAAAUGUUUGGGCACGUUAUCGUUGUUCGAAUGACACAAAAUGUGUUUUACCUCAAACUGCAUGCAAAUAUUGCGCGGAGUUUAACGACUUCAAUCAUGCCUGUGAUGAGUUCAAUGACAAAUUUCAAGACAUUAUUCAGUAUUUAAAUUCUAUAGAGGACGUUGGUAUCUUUCGAAGACAGCCAUUCUCUCAUAAAUCAUCACGUAAUUUUCCUUCAGUCCAGUCGUCAAUAUCAAUUCAUAAGCAAAAACACAAUAGUAUAAUAAAAACCGCGAAAAUAUCAACUAUUAAACAUCAUAAUGAUCCAAGAUUAUGGUUAUGCAAUAAAGGAUUUGUAAUUCUUGUUGGUAAAAAUGAAACAGAACAAUGUUUUUGUCCAGAGAGUUAUUAUGGUGAUCAGUGUCAAUAUCAAAAUCAACGUGUUAGUCUCACUAUUCGAUUACGUCAAGAAAAUUUAAACAAGUUAAAUGUAAUUGGUAUUAUUAUUAGACUUGUUGAUCAUACCGGUUUUGUUCAUUCCUAUGAACAAAUUACAUACAAAUCCGUAAUUAAUUGUAAUACGAAAUAUAAUAUGCAUCUUCUUUAUCAGAGUCGUCCGAAAGAUAUGACGAAGAAUUAUACAAUCUAUAUUGAUGCAUAUUAUAAAAUAAAUCUUACUUAUCUUACAAGUUGGAUAUUUCCAGUUAAAUUUCUUUUUAUGCCUGUGAAUCGUAUGAGUGUUCAAUUGAAAAUUCCAACAAAACAAAAUUGUCAUUUAUUAUGUAGUGAUAAAUAUCUGAAAUCAUUAACAAAUGAUAAUACUCAAUCUUGUCGAUGUUCAAAUCGGAUGAAUUCAAUUUCUACACUACAAAACAAAUGUAACUGUGCGUUAGAUUCGAUCUGCGUUGGUUUUAAAGAAUAUCGAUCAAUUUGUCUUUGCCGUUUAAACAAAACAGGACCUCGAUGUUAUCUUAAUUCAAUCUGUCAAAUGAAGAAUAUAUGUAUGAAUAAUGGUAUUUGUGUACCACAUGAUUCUCGACAAUCUUUAGCUGACUUCACAUGUGUCUGUCCCGAUGGAUUUUCUGGCGAAUUUUGUGAAAAGACAGAUGUAAGAAUAGACAUCUCAUUUUCUAAUGUGGAAACUCCACAAUCUUUACUCGUUCAUUUUAUUAAUGUUAUAUCAAAUCGUGAUUCGAGCGAUAAAACAGAACCGAUUCAAGUAACUAUGUUUAAGAAAAUUCUAUUCAAUCAGAAAACAAUAACUUUUAAUAUGUCAUUACCCUUUCAUCUUGUUUUCGUUGAAUUUGAGCAUAUGUAUUAUCUUAUUGUUCUUGAACAUUAUUAUACAUCUUCAGCUGUUAUUUCUACACAAAUUUCUCCAUCACAACGUUGUCCACACAUUCAAGAAGUAUUAGAUGAAAUAAUAGUUGGAUAUCCACAUCUUCGUCGUGUAAAAUAUUAUCAUACUAUAUGUCAACAUCGUUCUGAUCUUACUUGUUUUCAUGAUAAUUAUAUAUUUAUGUGUUUAUGUACAGAAGAAAGACAUGCAAAUUGUUUUCAUUUUAAUUUUAAUAUGACUUACAAUUGUUUAGGACAAAAUGAUUGUCAAAAUGAUGGACGAUGUUUUCAAGAUCAUCCACAUUGUCCAACAAAAAUAAUGUGUGUUUGUCAAGAAUGUUUUUUUGGUGAUAAAUGUCAACUUAGUACAAAACAUUCUGGUCUUUCACUUGAUUCUAUUUUGGGUUAUCAUAUUCAUCCACAUCUAACAUUAAUUCAACAACCAUUACCUGUUCAAAUUAGUAUAACAUUAGGUACAUUAAUCCUCAUUAUUGGCAUUGUUAGUGGAAUUCUAUCAAAUCUGACAUUUCAAAUAAAAUCAACUCGAAAAACAGGUUGUGGUCUUUAUCUUUUUACUUCAUCAAUUACAUCAAUUUUAGUACUCAUUUGUUUCUAUAUGAAAUUAUGGAUUCUUAUUUUUUCUCAAAUGAAUACUAUAACUUCUCGAUCUUUUCUUUUAUUUAAUUGUAUUUCAAGUGAAUUUAUUCUUCGAUUUUUAUUAGCAACAACUGAUUGGUUACAUGCGUCUGUGACAAUUGAAAGAUUUUUUGUUGUUUUUCGUGGAGUUCAGUUUGAUAAGGCAAAGAGUCGAAAAUUAGCUAAACUAAUUAUAUUUAUCAUUUUUAUAUUAACUGCUGCAUCUAUUCUUCAUGAACCAUUUCAUCGUCAUCUAAUUGAUGAUACUGAAGAUCAAAGAACGUGGUGUUGGGUUAAAUUUACAUCUGAAGUGGAAAGCUAUAACAGAUUUAUUAAUAUAUUUCAUUUUAUUAUUCCUUUUUCACUAAAUGUUAUCUUAGUCAUUGGUAUUAUGAUUAUUACUGCAAGACAACGUUCAUCUGCACAAAGAAUAUUUACCUUUCAACAACAACUCAAACGUCAAUUUGACCAGCAUAAACAUCUUAUAUUUAGUUCAUUUUUAUUGAUUAUUUUGGCAUUACCUCGUCUCAUCAUUUCUUUUUUACCUAAUUGUAUGAAAUCACCGAAAGAAUAUAAAUUAUUCUUGGCGAGUUAUUUCAUUUCGUUUAUUCCACCUAUACUUCAUUUUUUCGUUUUCGUAUUAACAUCGGAAAUAUACAAAAAAGAAUUUACCACAAUGUUUAAACAAAAAUGGGAAAUAUUUCGACGUUGGUUUUUUCCAAUUCGUGUAUGA